GAUUUUUAAAUUACAUAAAAAUAAAUUUAUAGAUUUAUGUUGAGUUUGUAUUAGCACAGACUUCAAUUUUUGUCUUGUAAGGACAUAAGUGUCAAUGACCCCAUGAUGAUCCUACUAAACUGGGCUUACAAAUUUUCUCAUAGGUGGACUUAAAAACUCGUUAGGUGAACAAUCCAUUGUUAUCCUCUUCACUCACAAAACCACAAGACCACAAAAAUCACAAAAAUACAAAGCCACGUCAUAUAUCCUUGUAGCACAAUGUAACAAACAUCGUCAACCGUUAGAUCAUCUCUCCAUCCUCAAUCAUCAACCAUUCAUUUGCUAUGAGCGGACAUCUGUAGAGCUCUCUUUCUCUCUCUUGUUUUGCCAUGGCUACUGAAACCUUCAACCAGUUCCCAUCAUACCCUGAGAUGAUUUAUGAAGCCCUUGAUGCACUAAAUCAAGAAGGGGGCUCAAACAAGUCAGCAAUAGCCAAGUACAUUGAAUCAAAGUAUGGAGAUCUGAGUCAAGAUGUUGCAAAGUUGCUACCUUUACAUUUGGACAACAUGAAGGCAAAUGGAGACCUUAUUUUCCUCAAGAAUAAUUACAUUAAACCUGGUCCAGAUGUUCCAGCCAAGAGGGGUAGGGGUAGGCCACCAAAACCCAAAGCUCCAUUGCCACCUGGUGCAGUAGAAUCUGUUGAAUCUGCACCACCAAAGCCAAGAGGGCGCCCAAGAAAAGAUCCCAAUGCACUACCUACUUCCAAGAAGCCAAAGCCAGCAACUGCUGCUGCUGGAACUGAUGUUGGUUCUACAACAGGGAGGCCUAGGGGUAGGCCUAGGAAAGUUAGGCCACAGCCUGCUCAGGAUGAUGAUGAUGAUGUGGAGGAAAGCUGAAAAUUGAAGGCUCGUUAGUUGAUUCUGUUGAUGGUGAUUACUCUAAUGACUUAGUUGUCUUAUUUUCCUUUUUGCUUUUAGGUAUUAGUAGUAUUAUCUUCAGUAAUAGUUUCGGUAAGAGUUGUCGUAGUGUGACUCGGGGGGUCAUGGUUUCAAAACUCUACAAUAGUCUCUUGUAGAAAUGCAAGCUAGGACUGCGUAGAAUAGACUAAUUGUGGUCUCGGUUAGAGUUAUUGUGGUGUGACUGGGGUUCAUGGUUUUGAAGCUGUGCAAAUAGUCUCUUGCAAAAAUGCAAACUAUUACAGUGUGCAGUAGACUAAUUGUUGUUUGGUUCUUUUCCGAACUCCACGAACGGUGGUAGCUUUGGUGUUUUUAUUAGUAUUAUCUUGGUUUUAAUCCUCUAUUAGUUCUAGUAGCUGUGCUAUAGCUUGGGAGACUCUGUACCUGUGUAACUCUUUGUUUCAAGAUUCACUAUGUCGUCUGUAAUCUUUGUCUUAUAUAACUGUUGCACCUUUCAUUC